CUCUCCUUUGCCGCCCCAAGCACCUGCUUGUUAAGCUGGUGCCUGGAGCCGGCCCUGCUACCAGAACAUAUUUUCGGUUAAGUUCUAGUUCAAAAGACUCCCUGAAUUCUUAAAGUGUAAACAGAGUUGACAAAUGAAGCAAACUCCAGCUGUGAUUCUCAGGCCAGCUGUGUGUGCAGGUCUGAGCCUAUGGCUCCAGCCUGCAACGAGUUACACCUGAUCUUCUAGUUUCACUUUCAGAAGUAGGAAGUUCUCAGGUAAAGGCAGCACAGGCACCUGUUCCAGCACUGAGCUAGCAUCACACGCCCCUGAGCGUUGAUGUGCAGGGCUCGGGACUGAAGACAUGGGACUGAAAGUCCCCGCUUUGCUGUGGAGAAAUUCUAUGGCAUAGCAGCCCCACGCUUGGACACAGCUUUGUUUGGAACAGGGAUGGAACAACAUGUCAGGAAGCGCUUGACCUUCCUGACCUCCGUCUGGAACAAACUCUGGCCAAACACCGUCUCUGCUGACAGGCCCUCGCAGGGGUAUUUUGAUCCUGAUCCUGUCGCCCUGCGGCCAGACCUAGAGCCGGAUCCUGUCCUCCCCAGUGCCUCUCUCUUUAGUGCGCUGUAUGAUUUCAGAGCCAGGAGUGCAGAGGAGCUGAGCGUCAGCCGAGGAGACAAACUCUGCGUCCUCAAAGAAGAGGGGGAAUAUGUCUUAGCCAGGAAGCUUAAGGGGGAACCAGCGCUGGGCUACAUCCCUGCUAAUUACGUGGCAAGGAUCAACGAGGAAACCUCCCACCAGCCCUGGUACUUCAGAGGAGUCAGUCGAAACGAGGCCCAGCAGCUCCUUCUCUCACCGCCCAAUCAACACGGCUCCUUCCUCAUCCGCGACAGCGAGAGUAACCGGGGGGAGUAUUCUCUGUCAGUCCGUAAUCAUGCUAAAGUCAGUCAUUUCCGGAUCUGUAAGGGGCCUGACGGAGGUCUGUACAUACAAAAGGGACAACCUUUUCCCAGCAUGGAGGAGCUGCUCACCUUUUACACAGUAAAUUGGAAAGUUGUACAGAGCCCCUUGUUACAACCCUGCAUCCCUAAGACCCCUCCGGUGAGAGAUGCAUGGGAACGGCCCCGUUCAGAAUUCACCCUUGGGAGGAAACUGGGGGAAGGAUACUUCGGAGAGGUGUGGGAAGGAUUGUGGAAGAACAUGGUGCCAGUUGCCAUCAAAAUCAUAAAACAAGCUGACAUGAAGGCGGAAGAUUUCACCAAAGAGAUUCAGAAUCUGAAGCGGCUGAAGCACGAGAGGUUGAUCCAGCUCCAUGCCGUCUGCUCUGUGGGCGAGCCCCUGUACAUCGUCACCGAACUCAUGAGGAAAGGCAACCUGCAGAGUUACCUCAGCAGUCUGGAAGGGAGGGCUCUGAGCACGCUCCACCUGAUCAGCAUUGCUUGCCAGGUGGCCGACGGGAUGACGUACCUUGAAGAACAGCACAUCGUUCACAGGGACUUGGCCGCUAGGAACAUCCUUGUGGGAGACAACCUCACCUGCAAAAUCGCUGAUUUUGGACUCGCCAGGCUCCUCAAGGACGAUAUUUAUUCCACCAGCGGCAGCACCAAAAUCCCAGUGAAGUGGACAGCCCCAGAAGUAGCAAACUACCACACCUACUCGCUGAAGUCCGAUGUUUGGUCCUAUGGGAUCCUGCUCUAUGAAGUCUUCACGUACGGGCAGACCCCAUAUGAAGGAAUGACGAACCAAGAAACCAUACAGCAAAUCAGCAUGGGCUACCGCCUUCCCCGGCCAAGCACUUGCCCUCCUGAGAUCUAUAGCGUCAUGCUGGAGUGUUGGAAGGGUAACGCUGAGGAACGGCCCACCUUUCUCGCUCUGAGAGAGAAACUCUGCUCAAUUUACAGACGGGUGCACAAUUCGCUCUCCUGAUGGAAAUGGCCCUACACCCCACCCCCAUGAUUAUUUGGGGUUCCAUUCCCAUGCCCAGCAAGUGUAGCAGCACUGCUGGGAGUAUCCAUUGUCUACCCGUGCACGACUUGCGUCCAGCGGGCAUUCUUGUGUUGCACGUUUCAGAUGAAGAUAACACAAGGCCUUCUCCUUGGGAGGGACAGAAAACCGUGCUCCAUUUUGGAGAAGUUUAGCCUCCUUGCUAUGGUCUGGCUGCUACCUCCACAAGAGGACUAUUCAUUGUAGAUGUGGUACAGCAAAGAUGUCACCCUGGGUAUAAGAAGUUCUUAAUCUAAACAGCACAGCAGGAUUUCACAAGCUACCUGCUGCAUUGAAAGUGAAGUUUCCCGUUUACUUUGUGUGUGUAAACUAUUGAUGGCUAUGAAGUUAUUCACGACGUGUGUCUGAUUUAUUUAUUGAUCAAUGCAUGUAAACCCACCCAGUUUUCACAGCGCAUGGGGACAAUGUAACUCUUCAGUGUACUUGCUAAUAUCAGUGGCAGGAUCAGACCUGGCCGGGUUGUAAUUCACGGCAAGAAAAAGCCGUGUAAAGCCCUGCUUCCUCCUGGGGGUUUGGAGACAUCCAGGCAUCCCAUAUAAGGGCAGGAUUUGAGUCUCAGAUCUGCCUGGACUUUUUCCUCUAUACCUGGAACUGCCAAUUACUACUCCCCCCGUUCCCCACAAUUUGGACCCACUCAGAUAUCAUUGUAUUCCUCUAACCAUCAUCCUCCCUGCCCCGUCCUGGUGUAUAUUAUUAAGCUCUCAUUUGUCUGUCACGUUCCUCAUUUAGACUGUAAGCCCUGCAGCAGAGGAACCUGGCUUCUCGGUGUUCCCCAACUGUGAAACCAUAAAUCAUCAUCAUCAUUAAUUCAUACUCCAGGGAGAGCUGAGCCUAAUCACCUUGUCUUUUAGCACCACUUAGUGGCUGCCUGAAGUAUGACAUUCUUUUUAUUUGUUAAUUGCAAAUAUUAACUGUACAUUUUCUGCCUCUUUAAAUACAAGUAUUUUAACCAACUUUCUCUGUUUUUCUCAUCAAAGUAUUGGAGGAGGAUCUGUGAAGCUAUUGGAAGGUUCUCAAGAG